ACCCACGAAACCAAAAAGACCCAAAAACGUAAAACCCUUUUGCUUCUCUGUUCUCUUCCCUCUCUUCUUUCUUUCAGACAAAAUCGUAGGCACAGCGACGACAUGCAAAUGUAGAGAUGGAUUUCGACUGAGCGAUUUGAAUGCACAGAGCAUGUUACGACGACGCCUUACUUUUUCCUCCUUCAACUCCAACUGCCCCCACAAAUCUGUAUUGAGUGGGUGGCGCCGACGGCCGUACGCUAGUAACUCUAACGCCGCUGCUGCCGAGGCAGAGGCAGAGGGGGAGGCGGAGGCGCCGAAUGGAAAUGUCCCCAAACCCAAAGUUAAGGGGAAAAGGCUUCCCAAGGCGGAGCGCCAAGUUAUGCUUGAAUCCUUUGUCAACCAGUACAGAGCAAAGAAUGCCGGGGCAUUCCCUACUGUUUCAUAUGCUCAGAAAGAAUUGGGUGGCUCUUACUAUGUCGUGAAGAACAUCCUUCAGGAGCUGCAGUACAGAGCUAAGAUGUCUCCCUCGUGUCCUGCGACUGAAGAUCUGCCAGUACAACAGAAAGUUAGCGAAACUGAGUCUUUGGCUCAUGUUGAAGAGAAAUCAACCGGUGAGGUGCCAGCUGAUUCCAAUGCUCAAAAUGUUUCUGCGGCGAUGUAUGAUUUGCCAAGGCAAGAACAAGUUAGAGAAAUUAAAUCUGUGACUCAAGUUGAAGAGAAUUCAAGCAGUGAGAUGUCAGCUGAUGUCAGUGUUCGAAUUGAUUCUAAGGUGACAUAUGAUACUGAUCUUAACGGUGCAAGUGGCGGGAAUUUAGAACCCAAAGAAGAGGCUCAGACUUCCUCCUCAGUUAAUGUUGUGUCUGAAGAGGUUGCCACUCCAGGACCGAAAAGUAGUCAAACAGAUGAAGCCCAAGCUGAUCAAAAUGAAUUUGUUGCAAAAGAAAAAGAUCUGCCAAUAGGGGAAAGUAAUAGAGUUGCUCAUCCAAGUUUAGGUGAUACAAAGGAUAUGAUUAAACAAUAUGAUGACUCAAAGCGUAAAACAGAGCAAUAUAAAGAGAUCCCUCAGCCAGACAAACUUUCCAGAGAGCAUUCCAGUACGCAGGCUGAAGAUGCAGAGCCAUCAACGACAUCAUCUCUUUGGGGGAAUAUGAAGUCAUUUGCCAAUGGCAUUAUUAGUCUUUUCAGAAAGCAGUAAAUCUUUGUCUAGGUAACUAUUGGAAGUUUUGGUAUAUGAGUGUUUUUGCAAGUGGUGAUGGCGUAUCGGUCGAUAUAUCCUGCUUUCUUAGCUCUUGCUACCACUUUUAUCAAUUAAUUCCUUCUUCUA